GGAUGGGCAGAAGAAAUAAAGAAAGACAAAGUAGAAUUCCACAGAUGCCAAGAAGCGUGCAGAGUAGAGGAGGAGAACAUUGAGAGAAAACAACAAGAGCUCUCCGAACUGAAGCAGCUCAAUGAUCUGGAUCUGAAGGAAGUGUCUCCAGUUUUAGAGAAAGCAGUUGAAGCUCUCUCCUGCAUAAACAAGUGUGAUAUGGAGGAGCUGAAAUCUUACAAGAACCCCCCCGCAAUUGUCAAGUUCUCCCUUGAAGCGCUCUGUGUUCUGUUUGAUAAAGAUACUUCCUGGGACUCGGCUGUCAUGCUUCUUCAGGACUCCAGUCUCAUCAAAAACAUCGCUAACCUCAAGAAAGAUAAGAUCAAGAUGGCUACCCUCCAUCGCCUAAAGAAGGACUAUCUUGAUGAUCCGAGGUUUACUCAAGAGGCUAUUGCAGAGGUUAGCAAAGCAACUACCAGUAUUCAGGCAUAUAUAUCAGGUAUCCAUAAGUACAGCACUACAAUCAAGAAGCUCAAGCCUAAACAGAAAAGAUACGAAAAGGUGUCAGCAGAAUUGGAGCAGAGCCAAAAAACACUGGGUAAGAAGUUUCUCCAUCUGGACGAGUUUCAGAAGAAUCUGGAUACUAAAGCCGCCAAUCUUGAGGAGAGCAGCUCACAAAUAAAACACAUCCAAUCUACUAAGAAAGCUCUGAAGAAAGAAGUGAAAGCUGCUGAAAAGAUACUGGAGGCAGUGAAGCACAAGACACAGCAGUGGAAGGUCAGAGAAGGAUGAGUUAGAUCAGCAGCUGCUGAAAGCUGACGGGGAUGCUUUACUUGCAGCCGGGGCCAUCACCUACUACGGGCCUUUCUCUGCUCGAAUAAGGGCCAAACUUAUCGAAAACUGGCUGGAUCAGUCUUUGCCUGGUCAAUCUUUUAUAACAGAAGGCUUUGUAUCCACAUCUCGGAAUUUUGACCUCGUCACCGCUUUGUCGACCCCUACAGAACUUCUCAACUUGGAGAAACAAGGACUGCCUAAAGACAAACAAAGCAUAGAAAACCUCCUCAUAGUCCGUGAACUUCUGAAAUUCUCCCGCCGUAAGAUCCUUAUCUCGGACCCUGACGACCAGCUCCGACAAUGGGCACCCUUCCUAGUGAAUCUGAACGAGCCUGACAACAGCACCCUCAAACUAUCAGACAGUACCUCGGAGCUGACACACCUGCCUCCACCCAGCAACUCCAGCAGCUCCGUCCUGAGGGGCUCCGAGGUGGAGAUGUGUGGCAGUGGGCUGGCGGAGAGUGUGAUGUAUUAUUCAGUGGAGGAGGUGGUAGAGCAGCACGGGGGGAGGAGUGUGGGCUCUGUUAGAGGCACUCUCUCUAUCAUUACUGGUGUGUGGGAUAGAGGUGUGAGCAUGCCCUCCCUCCCCUCCCUUCUAUCAGAGAACUGUAUCCUCACUAGCAACCUCACCACCUCCCAGCUCAGCUCUAAACCUCUCAGUGAAACAGCUGUUGUUACCUUCAAGUUAUCUCAGUCGGGUAUCACAUCAGCUCUGCUCAAACUAAUCGUGUCUAAACAGGCCCCCCAUUUGAACAGUAAAGAGUGCACGUAUGCUCGCUCCAAACUAAACCGACUGGCUGCUAUAGAAAAUGCGGAGAAGUCCCUGCUCGACUACAUCACUACUUUUAGGGGCAGCUUGCUUGAUAGCAGGGAUCUUAGUACCUUGAUCGAGGGCACACAAGAGCUGAUAAGCAAUGAAGAGUUAGCGAUAACAGACACUAACAGUCGGUUAUCGGCAGUUCAUGAUAAGACGGAGGAGUACCGGCCUUUAGCUAACCACGGCGCUGUUAUUGUCGAGGUAUUCCAAGAAAUAAACUCCCUGUCGUACCACUACAACUUUAAACUGUCUGACUUGACGGAGAUCCUGUCAUCUGUACUCAGUAAACGCGGCCCAGAGUCGGUCAGUUCUGCUGCCAAGGUGGCAGACUAUAAGAGGGAACUCCACAAGGAAGUCUACAAAAGUCUCCAAAUAUCCAUGAGCCGGAGUGACGCUGGUUUCUUCCCUCUUCUACUUGUCAUGAAGGAGUUUCUGAGAUCGAAUAGAAUGACUAUAGAAGAGUUUGACCUGUUUUUAAACCACUUCCUUCAUCAAUUCCCUUAUGUGCCUGAUGAGAUACCAAACUGGAUCACCAAGAGUUGCUGGCAGAGUUUGGACCUGCUUGAAGAGUUAGCAGUGUUUAAAGGUGUGAAGCAGCACAUGCAAUACAAUCAGGCUCUUUACCAGGAAUACUUUACCCUCGCUCCGGUACUUCUAGAACCUUCACCCUGGGACGAUGAGAAGGAGCUGACUCUGGCUCAGAGAGCACUGCUUUGGCUCUUCACCCGACCUAAGGACAUGUCCAAAGUAUUCAGUGACCUGGUUAUGUACGAGCUGGGAAGUGAAAUGAUCACCACCUUCGUGCACCACUCCCUUACAGUAUCAGACAACGCACCUUCUCUUAUUAUAUCUGACUCUGAGGAUCAACUGGAUGCCGUGUACGAUGUACAGAGACUGGCUACUACUCAGGGCAAGGUUAUUAAAGUCCUGUGUAUGCUGAAUGAUAGCAUGCAAGGGGAGGCGGAGCACAUGAUACAGCAGGGUAUAAAGUACGGGUACUGGAUACUGCUGUCACAGUGCCAACACAUCACCAAGUGGGAGGGGACACUCCUGGAUAUGAUGUUGGAGGUCAGUGAGAUAGUUGCCAAUCCUAGAGAAUCUCUUCCCAAGAAAGUACACCAAGGUUUCAAACUUAUCCUAGUUUCCUCCCUGUCCUCUAAGAUUUCCCUCCCUGAUGAGCUGACGCAGAAGUUCUCUGUAAAGACCCACCACUGUCAAGGUUCGCUAGUCACCAGGAUCGAACAAAGAGCCCGACGAUUCCUAGAAAUGGACAUCCCACUUAGUAAACAGAAUAUCCCUGCUCACGUGUCAGGAGUAAUGUCCCAGCUGCACUCUUACCUCAUCUCUAACUUGGAAGUAGAGACCCACAACCUAGGCUGGGGAGACAGUGAUCUCAACUCUUCUCUGCACCUGCUUUGUCACAUGGCUCAAAACAAGAAGAUAGAUGUAUUGGACUGUGCAAGAUCGCUUGUAAGCCUAGUCACGUACGGGAGUAAGAACACGACUGAUACUCAGGCUAACUUCCUGUUUUCUGCUAUUGACAGGUUCCUUACAUUUGAUAUGGAAGAAGCCCCUCCUCAGCCCGCCUUCCUACAGUUCCAGCUGCAUUCUUCCAGUCUUACCUUCAAAUCUCUGCCGGAUAUUCCAACUGAUAAAACACACCUAAUAUCCUCCUUACGACGCUUCUCAACUACAGAGCAAUCUAUGGACAUCAAUUUCGUAGUCAACUUCGUCCUGUCAUCUUUACCCAGCGCUCCAAGGGUAGUCCCAUCCAGAGGCCACACUGCACUGUCCCUAUUCUUUGCAGUCCAAGCGGAACAUUACACCAAACUCCUAGCCAAUGUCACUAAAGAUCUGUGGGCUAUAAAAGAGGUGAUGUCAGGUGACAGAACGCCCUCCAAUGCCACGUCUGUUCUUGUCAACGAACUCUCCAGCAACCAAGUACCCGAGUCUUGGGAACCUGGAAAUACCCGAGGUCUAGGUCGCUGGCUAUCAGAUCUAGCAGAUAAAGUUUGGAAGCUGAGCAAGCUGGUCGGCACGGAGACGCAGAGUGAGAUGAGUGGUCGUCACUCCUCCGCCACUACCGCAGAUUUGGAACAAGGAGCUUUCUAUUCGCUCAGCUGCUUCACCAGCCCCAGAUACUUUAUCCUCUCCUUCCUGUACGACUGGGCUUCUGCUAGCGAUGUGCCUCUCAGUGACGUUGCUUUCAACACUAAAGUUGUUUCUCUUACUUCUCCCGGGCUCCCUCCUGAGCACGGCAUCUACCUGGACGGUCUGGAACUGAGGAGAGCGGGCUGGGAUACUGUGAAGGGUCUCAUGUACCCCACUUCUGCCUCCGCCCCGCCUUUCCCACUUCCGCCUCUUCUACUCAUCCCUUAUAAUAAACAGGAACAAGGAUCAUCAACGACCAGUCUGCCACAAAUGACGGUUUCAAGAAUAGACUGUCCGGUCGUUACCCGAGGAGAAGAUUUUAUCUCUACAUUCGUGCUGCCCUCCUCCCACGCCCUCAACCAAUGGACCCAUCUUAAACCUUCUCUUCUUGUUACCUGACUUUGUACUCAUCAGCCGUUCAGACUUAUCAUUAGACUAAAUUAUAGCUUGGAGGAUACAGUUAUUUAUUUAUUGAUUUUAUGAAGUUUUACGAGAAUAUAUGAAUACUAAGAUAUUGGACUUAAAUACAAAACGCUUAAAUCAGAAUACCGGUAAUCGUUGUUGUUACGUUCGUUUGGUAAUUGGUUAGUGUACAUUGAAAUGUUAAUGUUAUGUUUUGAUAUAUUUAAAAGUGUAAUACUAUUGUAAAGUUUUUCUAAAUUUUCCAGUUCUUAAA